AUGCCUGUUGCUCCUCUGUCCUUGGUUGAUUUGGUUAUCCCAGACACCUUUAAGGAGUAUGAAGUGGAACCUGGACAAUUUGAAAACUUUUUACUGUGCGACACUGGGCCUGGACUCAACAGGAUCUUAGUAUUUGGUCGCCAGAGAGGUUUGGAAGUACUUACAACAUCUGAUGAGUGGUUUGUUGAUGGGACAUUCAGUAUUAGUCCAAACCUUUUCUCCCAAGUAUUUGUGAUACUAGGAUGUCGGAAUGGCGGAGUUCAUCCCUGUCUUUAUGCACUGCUGCCCAAUAAAGAACAGGCAACCUACUGUACACUUUUAGUGGAGCUAAAACGUUUAGUGCCUGCCAUUAAUGCCACAAGUAUAUCUGUGGAUUUUGAAGUUGCGAUCCACAAUGCUUUUCGGACAGAGUUCCCGGCAAUUGAAAUACGUGGUUGUUUUUUCCAUUUGCUAAAAAACUUGAAAAAACAAAUUGGAGCUGCAGGGUUGAUGGCAGAUUAUAGAAAUAAUCCAGAUUUCAAUCUAUGUGCACGGAUGAUUACAGCUUUAGCGUUUGUUCCUCCCGAAGAUGUAGCUACUCGGUUUGAGCAACUAAGUGAAGAGCUGGAAACGUUAUACCCGGCAUUACAGCCAAUUUUGGAUUGGCUGGAAACAUUUUAUAUUGGUAUUUUAAGACGAGAGGGUGUGAGGAGGUCGCCAGUUUUCCCCAUACCAACAUGGAACCUAUAUAAUAGAGUUCUGGCACAACAAAUGAAAACCAAUAACAUUUCGGAAGCUGCUCAUAGGCGUCUACAGGCACAGCUCGGUAUGACAAAUCCCACAUUAUGGAGGUUCAUAAAUGAGCUGAAAAAAGUGCAGGCAGAGCGUGACAUAUAUUAUGAAUUUUUAGUGGCAGGCAACGAACCACCGCGGACUAAGCGAAAAUACGUUGAUGCUAGUAACCGUAUUUUAACAUUAGUCCGAGAUUAUAGAAACCGAAACAUUAUAGAGUACCUCAGAGGAUUGGCACACAACUUUGUGAUGGACGAAUAA